CUUUCUCCUUCCUUCGUCGCUCAAUCACACAACUCCUCUUUCAUCUAACUCACUGAGUCCACUCAACUCCAAACCAAACAAUGGGGAUUUGUGUAUCCUCCCAUUCUACCAACGUUGCUACAGCCAAAUUGAUUCUUGUUGACGGAACAUUGGUUGAGUAUUCGUACCCAGUCAAGGUUUCUUACGUUCUACACAAACAUCCAGCGAGUUUUAUCUGCAACUCGGACGAUAUGGAUUUCGACGACGUCGUUUACGCGGUUGACGAAGACGACGAGCUUCAACUCGGUCAGCUUUACUUCGCUUUACCGUUGGAGAGGCUGAAUCAGCGGAUGCAGGCGGAGGAGAUGGCGGCAUUGGCGGUUAAGGCGAGUUCGGCGCUUAUGAAGGGGGGAGGUGGUGGUGGUGGUGGGAUGGAGAAAUGUGGAUCUAGAGGGACGGCGGUUAUUCCGGUGGGAAAUUGGGAGGAGGAGGAGUUGAGGAAAGGUUCGAGGAAGGUGGGGUUGAAGAAGAAGAAGGGUGGAAGUAGGAAAUUUAGGGCGAAGCUGAGUGCAAUUCCGGAAUAAUGGAGUUUUUGUUAGGGUUAAUAGUGUAAAUAUGAUAUGAUGUUGCUUUUUGUGGAUGUUUCGUUUCUUAUGCAUCCCAUAGGCAAUCGCAUCAGAUUCUUUGUUGUCUACUUUUACGUAUUUACCCCUCAGUAAAAAGAUAAAUUAUUCUCCAAUACAUUAUUUUUGUUUUUAUUA